GAGCUCUGGGAGUACCUGUCAUCACUGUCCAUUGAGAUCAACAGACUGACCGACAGCAUUAGAGAUGACCCUGAGAAAUUAGGGAUACAUCUUAAAACUGCCCCGGAGAAAAGGUACGUAACCACUGCACAUUGUGGCUGUUUUACCUCCCUUCUAGUUAAAAUAUUCAAAAUUUUCUCAUACUACAUUUAUCUAUUUUAACCAAAUCUAGAAUAGAGAUCUACUUGCUAAUUUGCAGACAUUUUUAUUGUUACAUGAAAAACUAAUAUUUUUAAGAUGUAAUUUGUUUUAUACAAAUCCCACAGUGGUUCAGCCAGUGCACCAGAUUUUGAGAGCUCCACCUACGGCACAGUCUUGUAUAUACUGGAAGGAGUCUUACCAUUUCUGGAGACAUUCUAC